AAAACAGCGCAUACAUAAAAUCACAGAUGCGCUUGCUUCUCCUUCCAGAUAUUGAGGAAUCAGAGAGCUUUCUGGAAAGAGUUUUCAUUAUGACCUGGCUGAAUGAAUCAAGACGGGAAAUAAAGAAGGAAGAGUCUGUGAAAAAUGUGUCUCAACUUUGCAAUAUUUUACAGCUAGCAAAAAUGGAAAUUCAAAAUACUUCUCCUCUGAAAGACUUGCAGGAAGUGAAGGUAAAACUGACCAGUGAAAUAGCAUUUUCAGUUUUUAUGUUAUGUAAACAUUUUAGGGAGAUGAAGCAAAUGGAGGAGUUAUCAUUGCUACUGUCCAUUGUGACAGUUGUGGGAUAUUCGGACACAGCUAACACAUUUCAGUCAGUUCUUGAUUAUCCAGAAAUCAUCUUCUUUCAUGAUGAGCUUAACAAAGCAAUGGAAAAGUAUUCAUCUUUAAGAAGGGAAAGCAUCUUAAAAUCACAGGCCUUUGUGAUCAUCACUGGCAUCACAGUAACAAAUAGAUUAACAAGAGUGACUCCUGAAGUGAAGAAGAAACGUCUGUCGUUCCUGGAGUCAAAUUUAAAGGAUGUCUUGCUUGAGGAUAUUGGAAACCUUCUACAAGAAUUCAGUGAGGGGCUUAUUGUCUGGAACAAAUUAGAGGACCAGCUUCACUCCAUAAUGAAUGGAACCUACCAGAAAAAUACUAAAGACGAAAGUGCAGAGUACGUCAAGACAAAAUUAGGGACUGUUUUGAAGAGGAGACCACGUUCAAAGAGUGAAAGAAAUGAAUCUGAACCAGUGAUGCCUCCACUCACAGACUCGCCGUGCUGUAAUGUGAUUGAACGGCUGCAGCUGAAGCCUUUUUUUCCAAAGAAGCUGACAAUGUCUGAUGUUUUGUUGAUUGACAAAUUCUCUCUGUACGAGUCUCAACCAUCCUCGGACCAUGACAUUCCUUUUUGCUUUCUCCAGAAACUUCUCAUGAUUGAUUACAAAGCAAGACAAAUUGUAUUUAAAACAACAAAUGCAGAAACUGAAUCUUCUGAAAGUAAUGUUCAGACAACUAAUGCAAUCAGUCUGGAAGACUUUUUGGGUGCCACUGACAUUUUUAACGAUAAUACCGAUUGCAGUGUCAAACCAGCAAGCCUUCACUUCAUGGAUGUCCAGAUGGCUGUCUAUCACUGCUCUGACAUGUUUCUCUGGCAGUACAUCACAUCCAAGCUCUCGAUUUGCCAGUUUGCUCUUCCAUUGUUAGUGCCCAAUCCGUCCACUACAAAGAUUGAAUUGCCAAUAUGGUCCUUUAGACCACUGAAAAGGAGUUGGAAAUGUGCAGAUACACUCAGCAACCAAAGUGCUCCCCUGAAGAGCUUCACUGCUAACAUCUGUAGCACACCAGUGCCUAUGGUGACAUUCAUGCGGUUUGGCCGUUGCACUUCAUCAAAGUCCCAGAUCAUGAAUGGUUUAUUAAACCAUCAAAAGCAUGACACUUUUUAUCACAGGGAUUGCAAAGGAAGCAGUAAUGAGAGUCUGCUAAUGGAUGGGGUUGUAGAGAUCUCAUGGUACUGUCCAGCUGGAAAUAAGGAUGACCAGUUUAAUGAGUGUAUUGCAUUUACAAAUCUCCGAGGGGAUGCACGAAAACAUGACAAGCAAGUCCAGUUUCUUUUAGAAACUUCAAGCAUCAAUGUUGUUGUUCUGAUGGAAGAUUAUCUGGAUUCAAUAGGUAAAGAAAUAUUAACACAGCUUGUGCAAUCUCCAAAUCCUCUAAUCUGCUUGUAUGCAGAUAAAACAAACCUUGCAAAAGGAAAUCACAAGACCAAAGUGAAAUUAGCUCUGAGGAAUCGAAAUCAGUCUGAACUUAUUUAAGAACUAGCAGAGUGCAUUCAGGGCCUUCUGACAAAAUCCAAUGUGAAAUUCAGCAUUGAACAGGGUGCUGAUGUUGGUAGAAGAUUUAAUUUUUUAGUAGAUGAAGAUGACAAAGAUUGCACUGCCGCUAAAAAGAUGGCAGAAACUGCAGUGAAGCCAUUAAGAGAGAUGUCACUGUCAGAUGCUAAAGAAAAGUUCAUUCCACUUCAAGGGAAUUUAUGGCACAACUGGUGUAAAAAAAAUAAAGAAACCAAUCACCUACGGGCAAAUGAAAAUCGAACCAUUGAGCAACAAAGAGGUGACAUUGAAAUGGAAAAAAAUCAUCUUCGAAAAGAACAGUAUAAGAGAGCUUUUCCACUAAAUAAUGUAAUGAGGGAAUUUAUUAACAAUCUCAACACUCAAUCCACAAUAAGACAAAAGUUCUUCCUGGCAUGGUUAGGACAAAUUCUUAAUGAUUUAACAUCAAGAAAACUUCAAACACUGGAGGAAAAGCAUUCAGAAUUAUGUGCAAAAAUGGAAGAGCAAAAGCGAAAGAGGCAAAAUACACAAGUCAUCAAAAAAGAAAUUGAGGUAUCUUCAGGUAGACUUGCGGCUUCCACUUUGGGUUUGGAACAUCUCCUUCGAGAAGUUGGUCAGAUCUAUGAGACGUUGGCAUCCCAACAUAUGAAAAAUGAAAUGUUUCUGUGUCUACCACAACUUGCUGCUGACCUCAUGAUUUCUGGGCAUUCCAUUGAACUGAUGGAUGGAGACGCUUCUCAUGUUUCUAUUACCUGGGUGAGUUCAGUCCUUGAACAGGUUAUUGCUAAGCUGGGAGACAAAAGAGUUUUUGUUCUUUCUGUUUUAGGAAUUCAGAGCACUGGGAAGUCAACUUUGCUGAAUGCAAUGUUUGGUCUUCAGUUUGCUGUGAGUGCUGGUCGUUGCACCAGAGGAGCCUUCAUGCAGCUACUUAAAGUCAAGCAUGAAAAUAAUGAACUCAACUUUGACUAUGUGCUGGUGGUCGACACUGAAGGACUUAAAGCUUUAGAGCUCGGAGACAAAGCUACUCUGAAACAUGACAAUGAGCUUGCAACAUUCGUAAUUGGCAUUGGCCAGCUGACUCUGAUCAAUAUAUUUGGGGAGAACCCUUCUGACAUGCAGGAUAUUCUUGAAAUAUCAGUGCAGGCCUUUAUGAGGAUGAAAAAAGUUAAACUGUCUCCAAGCUGUAUUUUUAUUCAUCAGAAUGUUGGAGAAAUAACAGCAGGAGAAAAGAAUGUGGAAGGAAGGAGGCGGCUACUGGAGAGGCUCGAUUUCAUGACGCAAACUGCAGCAAAACAGGAGAUGUGUGAUAUCUCACGAUUUACAGAGGUCAUCAAGUUUGACAUCAACAGGCACGUCCACUAUUUCAGUCACCUUUGGGAAGGAAACCCUCCAAUGGCCCCGCCAAACCCAAGAUACAGUGAAAAUAUUCAGAAAUUGAAGCAAUCUCUAUUUUCUGAAGAAAUGCAAGAGGGGAUUAUAAAGAUUUCAGAAUUUAAAACCCGCAUGGAGGACCUCUGGUCUGCUCUUCUGGAUGAGGACUUUGUCUUCAGUUUCAAGAAUACAUUGGAGAUUGCGGCGUAUAGGAAGGUGGAGGAGAAGUAUGCAGACUGGAGCUGGCGGCUGAGGAGCCACAUGCUUGAGAUUGAGAACGAGCUUCGCAACAGCAUUGAAAAUGAAACAGUUCAAGAUAUGGGAGAUUUCAAAUUGGAUGAAAAAAUUCAGGUGAUAUAUGAAGCAAUUACAAAGGAGGUGAAUGAUUACUUCGCUAAAGAAAAAGAUAAAGAAUUAAAAAUUCAGUGGAAAGCAAAACCUGAACUUGGUUUGAAGGAUCUCCAAUCAGAGCUUGUCAAAGGGACUGAAAGGAAAUUAACUGAUUUCAUUAAAAUGAAGCAGGGUCUGAAAAAAGUAGAAGAGCAGAAAGGAAAGUACGAGUCGGAGCUGAUGAAGAGCAGCCAGGUUUUGGCACAAGACCUUAAAGGUAAAAAUUUGACAUUACAAGAACUAGAAAAUGCCUUUCAGAAGAUGUGGACUCUGUGGGUGACUCGAGUGAAAUCAGAGAUGCCCGAUGUUCAGCCACCCAACAUAAAGGCCCAUGCUGAUGCGGUUUUGUUGGAAACGUUUGAAAGGAAACUAAUUGACUCCUGCAAACAGAGCAAGUCUUACAUCAGAAUCCUUUACGUUGAUGAUUUUUCCUUAUAUCUACAAAUGGAGAAAAGAUUAAAGAUGUGGGAGUAUUCCAUAGUCCAGCAGGAUCAGCUCUGUAUUAGAAACCUCACCAGCAGCAUAAUACAGGACAUUAAUGACUACAUUAAAGAAAAGGAGGCAGCCAGAGUCGAUUACAAUAAAAGCUUUAUGUAUGAAAUCGUCAACACAAUUGUAAAAGCAGUAAACAAAUGUAAGUGUAACCAAAAUAGGUUUAAAAUUAAAAAGGAAUACGCAAUUGACAUAGCGUUGCAUUUAAGAGGUGAUGUCAUACGGCGAUUUCAAAAGAUGAACCGUGUAUUUCAGAAGGUUAACAAUCCUCUGGAAUAUCUAGAAAAUAAAAAAGAAGACUACUUUGGGCGUUUUCAGAUAUACUGCAGCGGGGCGAGCGCAGCUACUGUGCUAGCAGACUGCGUCACUCGAGAACUAAAAAAAGCCAUCCGUCAGGAAGUCUACAAUAAAAGUUCUGCACUACUAGCUACAGAAAUACGAUGUGGUGAUCAAGCGUUAAAUGGAAAUAAAUCCAAGCUUGAGAAUCACAUCUUACUGUCUCUUUUAGAAAAUCUAGAUUUUAGAAGAUGUGAGCAGUACAUUGAUAACCCAAAGGCAUAUUAUGAGGCGUUUAUUAAAGAACGAGAAGAGGCCUAUUUUUCAAGCCGAAAUCCUAGACUUUUUCGUAUAUGCACAGAAAAACUUGAAAACAUCAAGAGUAGCGUUUCUUUGGCCAUUUCUAAAUCAGCUGCUUAUUUUGGAAAUACUCGUACAAAAGCAACUGCUUGGAUAGAAAGGUUUUGCAAAGAACUUAAAAAUGAAAUAGUUUUCUCUAUUAAUAAUGUACGAGGCUUCGAAGGUCAGGAUAUUCAGAACAUGAAUUUCUUUAAAGAAAGCAUCAAUGACUUACUAAAUAGUACAUAUUUAGAAUUUAAGGAAGAGUUUAGUGGCAAGACCCCUCUUGAUAGAAAGCUGUUUAGGUCUCAGCCUCAUGAGGAAUUGUUCAAACAGUGUUGUGGUUGUUGUAAAACGUGUCCUUUGUGUUCUGCCAUGUGUAUAAACACAAUGCCAACCCAUGAAGGUGACGAUCACUGUGCUCAGUUCCAUCGGCCCCAGACAAUUCGUGGUAUAAAAUGGUACAAAACUGACCGACUUGUGACUGAUAUUUGCUCAAGUCUUGUCGCCAGUGACUGUCUUCUAGUGCUUUCAGAAGACAACAAAAUUCCUUACAGAGAUUAUCGGCAGGCAGGUCCCGAGUACGCCUGUUGGUCCAUCACACCAGAUAAGUCAUUGCAGCCAUUCUGGAAGUGGUUUGUAUGUCACUUUAAAGAAGACUUGGAGAAGAAAUACAACGGGUGCUUAACUGACAUCCCUGAUCAUUGGAAAACCAUUACAAAGGAGAAUGUCAUUGAAGCACUGAAGAAAUAGUGGGGAAUGAUUGAAAAUUUUAUAAGAAUGAAAAAUAAAUUAUAACACAAAUUAAUCUUAAUUUUGGGUGAAUGACCUCAUCCCAACCUACGAGUGAGUUCAGUCACUUUAAAUUCACAAGCAGUUACUGGUCCUAUGCUGUAAAUCUAAUUUGGACUAAAGUGUAUUUUGCUUCAGUAUUUAUCUCUACUGCCUAACAGCAUCACUCUGGGUGAUCUCUGCACAUUCACUCUGUGUCUGUGGUUAACUUUUUCCUCCCCAUCCCAAAAGUGUGUUGUUUAGGUUCAUCGUCAGCUCUGAGCUGGUCCAGUUAUGGAUAUUUGCUUGAGUGUGCCUUGUGAUGGACUGACACCGUCUCCAGGGUUGGUUCCCACUUUACCUCAAGAUCCUUCAUUCUACAUGUUUGCAAGUGGUAUUAUUAUAAAAAAUAUAUUUAGAUGACCAAAACUCUUCUUCAAGUUUAAUACAAUCAUUUAUUUUGUCCAUCAUUAUAUUCUGCUUUUUAUUGUAUAUGCAAUAAUUUCUGCAUUGUUUCAUAAUCUAAUAAAAUUAUUUCAGCAUGACAUCCUC